AUGCCUCGGGAUCCACUGAUUGGGUUGGUGGGCAAGCCAUCGAGUGGGAAGUCGACGACAUUGAACAGUUUGACCGAUGCUUCUUCCAAAGUCGGAAAUUUCCCAUUCACAACAAUUGACCCUCAGCGAGCAAUUGGGUACCUUCAGAUUGAAUGUGCUUGCCAGCGCCACAACGUUUCGGAUCGAUGUCGGCCGAAUUAUGGCGGUUGUGCCGAGGGACGACGGUCCAUUCCCGUGGAGCUGUUGGAUGUGGCGGGUCUGGUUCCGGGAGCACACGAGGGACGGGGGCUAGGCAACAAAUUCUUGGAUGACCUGCGACAUGCCGAUGCGUUGAUCCACGUAGUGGACGUGAGCGGAACAACCGAUGCUGAAGGAAAAGCUACUCGUGGGUACGAUCCUUCCCAGGAUAUCGAGUGGCUACGGUCCGAGAUCGUGCGAUGGGUGCUGGGGAAUUUGAUGGAUAAAUGGGGAUCGAUCAAGAGAAGACAUAUUGCGACGAAGGCCAACCCCGUCGACACAUUACAAGGGCAGUUCUCAGGUUACGGAAGUACCUCGUCAAUUGUCGCACGGUGUCUAGACCGACUUGGCAUGAAGGAGCCGCUUGAAGAAUGGUCCGAUGAGACAAUAGAGACUGUUGUCAAAACGUUCAUCGACGAGAAGUUCCCGACUGUGUUUGCUUUAAACAAGAUUGAUCAUCCAGAUGCGGACAAGAACAUCAGCAAGAUUGCCAAGAUGCAAGAUUCUAAGACCAUUGUGCUGUGUUCCGCUAUUUCGGAAGUGUUUCUGCGGCGACUCGCAAAGCAGAGUUACGUCAAGUAUAUCGAAGGGAGCGAGUUUGUUGACACUCGAGAGGAUCUCAUCGAUAUGGGUGAACCCGAUGGAGGAGGCCUCAAGGAGAUGGAUGAAAAGCUGAAGACUCGGGUGGAAAACCUGAAAGACAUGGUUCUCUAUCGCUUUGGAUCGACCGGAGUGGUCCAAUGCCUGAGUCGAGCAGCGGAGCUUUUAGGCCUCGUGCCUGUGUUCCCAGUUCGAAACAUAUCUACUUUCAGCUCUGGGGCUGGUGAUGCCGUCUUCCGCGAUUGUGUUCUGGUCAAGAGGAACAGCACAGUGGGCGAUGUUGCUCGGAAGGUGAUGGGUGAUGUGCCAAUCUCAUAUAUCGAAGGGAUUGGAGGAACCCGGGUUUCUGAAGAUGACAUCAUUGCAGUCGGGAAACACGAUAUCCUUUCAUUCAAGGUUGGUCGGUAG